CUACAACACGCAACCUCGCCUCGAGGAAAGCGACCACGACAGCAUGGCGCCCUACUACGAGCUGCAGCUCACGAUCCUGACCGCGUUCUGCGUCAUCUCCUUGCUCCUGGAACGGUACGUGUCCAACCGUCGAAAGGAGCACCAGACGGACGCGGGCCAUGGUGCCACGUCUGCAGCCGUUGCUGCACUCACCAAGCAGUAUCUAAUUGUAUACGCCAUCGUAAUGGGCGCGGAUUGGCUGCAAGGGCCAUAUGUGUAUUCUCUGUACAGAGAGCAAUACGAGUUUCCCGAGAGAAUAGUUGCAGUCCUCUUCGUGACCGGUUUCAUGUCGGCGGGGUUAGCAGCGCCCUUGAUUGGUGCUUGGGCCGACCGACAUGGGAGGAAAUGGAUGUGCAUGGUAUUCUGCAUAAGCUACACCCUGACCUGCGUCUGCAUCCUCAUCCCGUACCUCCCCAUCUUGCUCCUGGGACGCCUCCUCGGCGGAGUCUCCACAUCCAUACUGUUCUCGGCGUUCGAGUCAUGGUUGAUCUCCGACGCGUCGUCGAAGGGUAUUCCCCAAGCCGACCUGUCCACUAUCAUGGGCCGCGCUACAUUGGUGAACGGGUUCGCUGCAACCGCUGCCGGCGUGGCGAGCAACCAGCUAGUGUCCACCACCGCUUCGUUCGCUUCCCCGUUCGUGGCGAGCGGCGGAUUACUCAUCUUGGCUUGGACGGUCAUCAAGAACCUUUGGACUGAGAACUACGGUGCUGGCGGGGGCACCGCGACCGAAGCUGAUCUUUUCCAAGUUCGACGAUUAGGUCAAGCUUGGGACAUUGUCCGCCGAGAUCCAGUCCUGCUCGUCCUAGGAUUAACCCAGACCUGCUUCGAAGGAUCCAUGUACCUCUUCGUCUUCCUCUGGGUGCCCUCGCUGCAAGAAUCCGCGCCCCCCUUCGCACCCCCACUCCCCCUCGGCUACAUCUUCUCCUGCUUCAUGGUCUCCAUGAUGCUCGGCUCGCUGCUCUACACCGCGAUCUCCGCGCACUCGCUGCCCACCGCCGAGUCGACGCUGACGCUGCACGCGAAGCUGAGCAGCCUCGUGUGCGCGGUGAGCGCGCUCGCGCUGGGCGUGAGCGUGCGGAGCCGGGAUGAACAUACGCGAUUUUGGGCGUUCUGCGCGUUCGAGGCGUGCGUGGGGAUGUAUUACCCUGUGCAGGGGAUGCUCCGCGGGAACCUCAUAUCGAACGAGCACCGCGCGACCCUAUCAUCGCUCUUCCGCGUCCCCCUGAACGUAUUCGUCGUAGUCUCGCUCCUCACCGGCGUAUCCUCCGCGCGGCAGCUCGUCCUCAGCGCGAGCGCGGCCAUGCUCGCCUUCUCCGCCGUCAUGACCGGCGCGGUCGUCCUCCCGCGCGUCGAGCACACACACCCCGAGCCGCCGUUGUCUGCGCAGGACAGGUUGGCGUGAUUCUCCUACCCUCCUUUACCUAUCUUACCCGCCAGUUGUCACUGACUGACUAUGACGAUGCGGCUUCCUGCUGCGUUGAUAGAGCCCAGGCGUGCGAGAUGUUCGCCGACGCGGCGAUGGCGCCGCUGCUGUACCGGUACCGUGGCGCCGGGGCGGAUGGCGGUACGCAGCUUGCGUAUAAUUCGUUCGAUUAAGGAAGGGCGGCGGGGAGCCUGAUGGACUACUACCGGAAUACUAAUCUGAUACCCGUAUGUAUUUAUUGUGUAAUAGAUCUUUUUGGACUAGACUUGUGGCUGGG